GGACACAUAAAUACCUGGACGUCCCGAUCCUGCUCUCACUUUCAGACCGUCUGCAGGUGGAAGACAGGAGAGAGGCUGAGAGACGCUAACAUGGUCCCACUGAGGCUGGUCGCCUUCGGCUUGCUAGCUGCUGCUUGGUAUUUCACUCGUGCUGCUGAGGGAGAAGUCAUCUACGCCUGUCUCAAUGAAACCGCAGAGAUGUCAUGUGAUGUUGGCGCUAAGAUAAAGCUGGAUCACAUCCUGUAUAAGGUGGGGGUGGGGACCAGGUGCGGCGAGGGAAAAGCCCAACCAGACGACGGCCCGGACACCUACUGCUCCUUCGCCUGGUCGGAGAUGGUGGUGGAGGAUCUAUGUGCUAACAAGAGGUCCUGUAAGGUCCCCGUCACUGAGCUGGUGUUUAGUAAAUAUGAGUGUGUGGAGGACACCAGGUACCUGGAGGUGUCCUACACCUGCGCCACACCACCACCUCCUCCACCUCCACCACCACCUCCAACCAAAGCUGACUGUGAAGAAAAAUCUACAGAUGAAGCCUGAUGCUUGCCAGAUGCCGUGAACAGAACAUUAUGAAGACACCUAGUCUCCAUUUCUAACAUCAGACUAAUAAGUGGACACAGAAAAAUGUUUGUCAUGUUACAUCAGUUUGUUCAAGUCAUGUAUCUAAAUGCUUACACACAUAUGAGCGUAUUUACUCAACAAGGAUUUUAAUUGAAUGAAAUCAAUGUAUUCCUCCUAUGUGAUGAAAUAAAGUGUUUUCUUGUGUCUUUAACACUGCAUCUUCAGUUGGCAAAACCUCACCUUUAUGUGCAGUAGAUAACUAGAGAAUGCAAUUCCUGAAGAAAAUGCGGUGUGAAAUUAUUCCCAACCCGUAAUUUUUCAGUACAAAUAAUAAUAUUGAAUAAAGUAAGUACCAAAAUCCAAUAUAAAUAGGUGUGUCUGCUGUGUACAGACAAGUAUUGAUUUCUGAGUAUGAAGUUAUUUGGUCACAUGACAGAGAAGCUAUUGAAAAAAACCCCUGAAUUUUCAAUAAAAACAUAAAAA